ACUCCAACCCACAACCAAAGACUAUACUUUUGUGGUCUUUGUGGUCAACAACAACACCGUGUGGUUCAAGAUUUGCGAAGAUAAAAUAGUCAAUUACCUAGUUAUAAAUCUAGAAAUGCAUUCAAAUAAAUUAAAAAUUAUCAUGAUCGGUCCUAGUGGCAGUGGUAAAACUUCAAUUGCAAACUUUAUAUCGGAGUCUCUAAAUGUGGAAGAAUCUGCUCCUCCUGGGCCAACUCAAGGCGUUAGAAUUGUUGAGUUUGAACUGACAGAUGUUAAUAUUGAAGGAAAACCUACCACCAUCGAUAUAGAAUUAUGGGAUUGCAGUGGCGAUCAUAGAUUCGAAUCCUGCUGGCCAGCCCUUAGAGUAGGUGUACACGGCGUUAUACUAGUGUGCUCUCCAAAUACAAUUAAUGUAGCCGAACGGGAAUUGGAACUACUGUACAACUAUUACGUUUCUCAGCCAAAGUUAUCUGCAAAACAAUGUGUCGUCUUCUAUAAUUGCACUGAAGAACACGAUGAAGUGGAUUCAUUGAACUUGUCACCAACAUUUUCAAAAGUUUCUCAGGUGUCAGUAAACCUUAAAAAUGGAGGCAAUAGAUUAAAAAUAGAUUUUUCUAACUAUAUUUCUUCGAUCCUACAAACAAUAAACUGAAUGGGGUAUCGUA